CGACGAGAGAAGUCAUGGAAAUCCCGAUCAUAUAUUUAAUAUUUUUUGUGUGUAUAAUAAACCUUUUUCAAACUGUCCAAGGAAAUGAAUUCGUCACUUUAUGGGCACAAAAGACCAUCCUCAAAGAUCAACAAUUCAGUGCAGUCAUCCUGCCUACAAAGCUACAAGGCAAGACAGAAGUUGCUUUACAAUUUCGAAAUUUUAACCUCACCAAGAAUCUAGAAAAUGGAAAGGCAGUUAGAAUUGAAUAUCCUGACAAAGUAAAAGGAAGUAGAAAGGAAGUCAACCUGAUUAUGACUCUGCAUGUCAAUGAACGUAUAGAUGAAAAUGAAGUCGUUCGGAUAUGCUCAACUAAGUCAUUGAAGAUAAAAAUUGAUAAUCGAGCUUACCACACAUUUAUUCAGACUGACAAGCCAAUUUACAAGCCUGGAGAUGAAGUCAAAAUAAAAGUUCUAGCUUUGGACAGGAGUAUUAAGCCAUUCCAUAUGAAUAAUAUUGCUGUAGACAUCAUUGAUCCUUUAAACCGAUCAAUCGCUCAUUUUGAUGAACUUGAUGAUCCAAGUUUUGGAGUUUUUGAAGGCAGAUUUAACCUCAGUACGCAGACAGUUCUUGGUGACUGGACGAUUCAGGUUGUGAUUGACAGAUCGAAACUAAUCACUUUGAAGAGAUUUGCAGUUCAAAAAUAUACGUUUCCAUUGUUCGAUGUCUUUGUUGAUAUUUCUGAUCAGCAUGUCCUAGUUUCCUCAGAAGUCACAAUUUCAUUUUAUGCAAAAUAUCCGUUUGGCGAAUUUGUGACUGGAAGUGCUGAACUUAAUAUCAUCGACUUAAAAAAUCGAAAAAGUUAUUUGAAGCAUAACUAUAGCAUUGAUGGGAUUCAAAAGUUAACCUACAAAUUAAGUGAUCUUAACUUGGGGAAAGAAGAUAUGGAACUGGAAGCUGUUGUCACGUUUACAGAACCAGAAAGUACACUUAGUUACAAAAAGUCAGCAAGAUUCUUUGUUCAUACAGACAUAAGACAUAAAAUUGUUGCAAAACAUCCUGAAAAGUUCCUGCCUGGACAGUUGUUUACUGUUAAAGUUAUCAUAAAUGAUUGGAAGGACCAACUGGUAGCAAUCAACUCUACAAAAGCCAACCUUACUGUUGUUUUGAAAGUUAACGAUGAAUGGAAUCGAACAAAACUUAAUCUUGAGUUAUUUAAUGGAAUUGCUAGUGAAGAUGUCAUGGUUCCUAAGGAAGCAGUUGGCCUGAAAAUUAAGAUUGAAUUUCUAGAUUCUGAAAAGUAUGAGAAGACAGUUAUACUUGGGAAUGUAGAAGUCGGUAUCAACGAUCUCGAGGUUUACCAUCUUCCAAAAUUUCCUAAACUCAAUCAAACCAUCGAUGUUUACAUCAAAAGCGACAGAAACUUCGAGAAUUUACUUGCAGUAGCUAUGACUAGGUACGGACCAGUAAAAAGUGGAAUGAUUAAAUGUAGAAAUGAAACAAAUUGUCAAUUUAAUGUGACAAUCAAUGCGAAAAUGAUGCCUGAAUCAACAAUAAUUAUUUAUCAUCUCAAAGAUCACGUAAACGUGUUCCUUGGUAAAACAGUAGUUGAGACAGAAAAUUUGGGAGCUAAUUAUCUUAACCUCAAACUAUCAUCAGACGCUCCAAAACCAAAAGAACAACUCAAAAUGUCAUUUUCAACAAAGUCAAGCUCAAAAAUCCAUCUGCUAGCAUUUGACAAGCGUCUAAAGUCUCUUAAAGAAGGAAAUGACAUCACAAGGAAUGACUUAUUUACAGCCUUAGCUGACUAUGACAAAGAUAACUUCCUCUUGAUAGAUGACAUGACAUCCUGGCAUGAAUGCACUGAAGAAGAACUAAAUAGAGUUGAUAAAGGAAGAAAAGCUAUGAAUGACAUUGAAAGGAAGGCUAUGGAAACUGCUACAAUGUUCGCACUUAAAGGAAAUCAACAUAUAAAUGAGAUCGAGGAUGAUGAUGAAGCUCCUUUAGUUUGUAGCUCUAACGAUUAUGAUGACGAAGCUAUUGAAGAUCACAAUGAUGAAGAUGACAUGCCAGAAAUUGUUGAUGAAGAUGUUCGCAAAAAUUUCCCAGAUUCUUGGAUAUUUGAAACAAUUGAAGUUGGCAACACAGAAGAAGCUAAAAAGACCUUCACAGUUCCAGAUUCGAUGACAUCCUGGGACAUUUCAGCAUUCUCUAUCAACCUAAAAGAUGGACUAGCAAUCAUGAAGCCACAAGAACUGACAGUCAAAAAUGAAUUCUUCAUUAAAGUCAACCUUCCAUACUCAAUCCGAUACAAAGAGGUCCUCAAACUUGAUGUCUUAAUCUACAAUUAUGUUGAAAGCUAUGAGCAACUUCAAGUCACAUUCGAUUUAAAAAAGAACUCAAACUUUCAAGUUGUCAGAUAUUCUUCAAAUUGCACAGCUUUAGUUGAUCAGAACAACAUAUGGACAGCUUUAGUUCAACCUAUGCAGGUUCAGAAAGUUUCGUUCUAUAUUCAAGCUGGUUCCGUCGAUUCUUCGGACUUUGAAGCUAAAAUGAGCACUAUAAAGCUAUUGAUGACUGCAAUAGGCACAACUGAAAGUGGAAUCACAUACAAAGACAUAAUAGAAGAGGAACUAAGAGUUGAGCCAAUUGGUCUUCGACUUUAUGAUAUUACUGACAGUAAAUUUUAUUUGGAUAAAUCAUCAACUUCUAGGAAAUUUGAGUACACAGGAGCAGAUGAAUAUUCUCGAUUCAGUGCAAUUGUUAGCGGGGAUUACUUAAGUGAUGUAGCUAAUCUGGAAUCAAUGAUUGAAAUUUUCUCGAGUAACUUGGAGGAUAAGGCUUUAAGGAUGAAGGAGUCUUAUGAAGCUUAUCGAUUCUUGUUCUCAAAGGGACAGAAGACAUCUGCAAACUUUGUCAAUACUCAAUAUCAGAACAUUAUGUCUGUUUUGAACAAUAAAUGGGUAAAACCCUCAGUCCCAUUCAGAAUAGUAUUUGCUGACACCUUAGCAUCUCUUAUGAAGAUCAGAGCAAUUACAAUAAACAAAGCUCAAAUUUUAGAAUAUUUUGAUGCAAUUGAGACGGAAUUUUUCGAUUAUAUUGGUAUAAAGUCAACUCCAUGGUUCCAAGAGAAUAUUGAGUCAGAACACUUUAAAGUAGCAUUUGCAUUGAUUCCUUUGAUUAAGCAUAGCGAUUUGCUGUCAAAUUCUUUUAUUCAAUUGAAGUUUUUCUUCAAUACUGGAAGGAUUAUGAUAAUUGUGAAAAAUUUUAUUGGUACAAUUGAAAAAGGAAUGAAUUAUCUUAAAAACAAUGAAGGAAGCUUGAAAAGUGACGCAGUUGGAUUGUCAAUAACUGCUUAUGUCCAUGCUCUCUAUGGGAAGAGCCAAGAAGCUCAAAAAUUGAUAGUUGAACUAGAAAAAUUGAAGAUUGAGUCAAGUGAUUCUCAAAAAUGCUACAAACUGAAGACUAGUGACGCUUACUGUAAUAAUCUAGUGACAGCCUACACAGCACUGACCUACAUGAAGCUCAUCAAGACACAAGAAGCUAAAACAAUCUUCAAUUGGCUUGUAGAGUCAAAUCCUUUAAAUAAAUUCACAUUUGAGCAUGCAAUUUUAACAGAAGCAAUCGCUGAGAUCGGAAUUAACCUAAAAUUUGAUCCAGCAAACCUUAAAAUUAAGUUGGAAAAUAAGCUCGGCUUUCAAACAGUUGUGAAUAUGAAAGGUUCACUAUCAACACCUAAAAUCAUAGAUUUUCCAGAAUAUACCCAAACUAUCACGACUUCAGUCACUGGAAAUGGUUUCUGCUCGGUGACAAUCUUAUCUGAGAGGCUGCUGGCUGUGCCCCAGAAAAAUCCCAAAUUCAACAUAACAAUUGAGACAGAUGACGGCAAAAGGUAUAAAAGUGAAAGGACAGUUAAAGUUUGUGUGGUUUAUCAACAAAUUGAGUCAGAUUUUUACUACAUUAGUGACGUAUUUUAUGAAAUUGAGCUGCCUAGUGGAUAUGUCUAUAAUGGAUAUUUAGAGCAAAGUGGACAAAAUGUUAUGGAAGUCCAGGAAAGACGAAAAGGAACAGUUGUCAGUGUUUACUUUCAUGAGUUUGAACUUUCGAAGCUUUAUUGUGUGAAUAUUAAAGCAACUAAACUUUUCAUUGUCAAAGAAAGUCGCGAUGCUGCUGUAAGGGUUUAUGACUAUUCGGACAAAGCUAACAACAUCAUUCAAUUCUACAGAUUCUCAAAUGAAGAUUGUUAAGAUUUUAUGCAGCCAUAAUCAGUAAGAUUUCAGUCUAUUUUGCGGAUGCAUCUUUUUAAUUUAAUCUUAAACCCAACCUGAAUUUUUUUUAAAACGACAGAAAAAAGCAUCAAAUUUCUAAACGCACUCAUCACGUGUUUUUAUAUGAAAUAAAAAGAAUCAUUAAUUAUAGUACAAAUACACUGUUUUAAGACUUUUAAGUGCUCGAUCGGCAAAUAACUCGACAGAACUGAGCUGCAAGCAUUUAGCUGGGGAUUUGUGGGACAAAUCCCUCUCCGACAUCAGAAAUUUUUGAUUUUUCUAAGGUUUUUAAGACAAAAUCCUGAACCUCCCCUCCCCCAAGUUCUGCUUCGAGGUCUAAAACACGUGUUCUAGGAUGAGUAAAAAAAGACAAAAAAUUUUUUCAUCCUCUUGAAAGAACUCGAAUAGGGGGGUACCUGGGGUUCAAUAUCAUGUUGGAUGCAUCUCAGCCUGUAACAACUCCCCUCCCCCUUUCUUCUACAUUACUGGCUACACCUCUACUGAGCUGAUAAAACAAACCUGAGCUUUCUUUGAUGUCAGAUGUGUGUCGAAACAAGUUUCAAAAAUGCAUAACAAAAACACAUUUUUUUACCUGGAAUUGACA